CGUCUCUGUGGCGGAUUGACGUGCCCCUUGUCAUGCAGCUCAUCUAACAGAAUCCAUACUUGGCUGUUGGUGGUUGUUGAUAUUCAGAGGAUGGAGUUUGUCUUGGUCCUACUGGUUUUAUUACUGUCGUCGUGUUGUGAAUUCACCUAUGCUGAGUGCCUGGAAAUCAGUCCGGCCAGGCUGGUGGUGAAGCAUGGAGACCCAGCCUCCGCUAACUGCACCUCAGAGAGACCUCAGCGUAUGGGCUGGGAGGCAACCGAUGGAGGGGUGUCUCUGUCAGGCACAGAACUGCGGUUCCUGCUGUGGACGGUAAAUAGGUUGACUGAUUGGUCGAUAAAGCCGGUCUGUUAUACAGACGGAGGGGAGUGUCAGAAAACAUUGAACAUCACAGUUUACAAGCUUCCAACCAAAGUGUCCAUGUCAGGUCUUCCAGAUCAGAUGGUUGAGGGGAGGCAGUAUGAGUUUAAGUGUCACGUCCAGGAGGUUGCUCCAGUUAACAGCCUCUAUGUGUCCUUCUACAAAGCCUCUACCAAUUUAAUCAAAACUGAGAUAGGAUCACAUCCACCCCAAAUAAUGAAUACCACCAAUGAACCUACCAGUGGAGAAUAUACCCUGCAGUUCACCCCCAGUAGAGGUGACCAUGAGGCCCAGUUGUGGUGUUCAGCUCGGUUGGAACUGGGAGAAGAGGGACCCCAACCUUCUCCUAAAAAAGAGUCAGAACACCUCACCCUCAACGUGCUCUACAAGCCCAACAUCUCUGUGACUCCAGAAGGAUCGUCAGAGAUCAAAGAGGGUGACAACUUAUCUCUCCGCUGCCAAGCAGAAGGUAACCCCACCCCCUCGUACCAGUGGUUGGUCCCCCAAGCAGGCCCCACCUCCCACACCAGAGCAGAGGGAUCUGUAGUGAACGUCACCCACAUAGCUAGGUCUCAGGCUGGAAAUUACACCUGCAUCGCCACCAAUGAGGUGGGGAACAGCACCUGGACUGUUGACGUGAAGGUGACAGAGCUUCCAACCAAAGUGUCCAUGUCAGGUCUUCCAGAUCAGAUGUUUGAGGGGAGGCAGUAUGAGUUUAAGUGUCACGUCCAGGAGGUUGCUCCAGUUAACAGCCUCUAUGUGUCCUUCUACAAAGCCUCUACCAAUUUAAUCAAAACUGAGAUAGGAUCACAUCCACCCCAAAUAAUGAAUACCACCAAAGAACCUACCAGUGGAGAAUAUACCCUGCAGUUCACCCCCAGUAGAGGUGACCAUGAGGCCCAGUUGUGGUGUUUAGCUCGGUUGGAACUGGGAGAAGAGGGACCGCAACCUUCUCCUAAAAAAGAGUCAGAACACCUCACCCUCAACGUGCUCUACAAGCCCAACAUCUCUGUGACUCCAGAAGGAUCGUCAGAGAUCAAAGAGGGUGACAACUUAUCUCUCCGCUGCCAAGCAGAAGGUAACCCCACCCCCUCGUACCAGUGGUUGGUCCCCCAAGCAGGCCCCACCUCCAACACCAGAGCAAAGGGAUCUGUAGUGAACGUCACCCACAUAGCUAGGUCUCAGGCUGGAAAUUACACCUGCAUCGCCACCAAUGAGGUGGGGAACAGCACCUGGACUGUUGACGUGAAGGUGACAGAGCUUCCAACCAAAGUGUCCAUGUCAGGUCUUCCAGAUCAGAUGUUUGAGGGGAGGCAGUAUGAGUUUAAGUGUCACGUCCAGGAGGUUGCUCCAGUUAACAGCCUCUAUGUGUCCUUCUACAAAGCCUCUACCAAUUUAAUCAAAACUGAGAUAGGAUCACAUCCACCCCAAAUAAUGAAUACCACCAAAGAACCUACCAGUGGAGAAUAUACCCUGCAGUUCACCCCCAGUAGAGGUGACCAUGGGGCCCAGUUAUGGUGUUCAGCUUGGUUGGAACUGGGAGAAGAUGGACCCCAACCUUCUCCUAAAAAAGAGUCAGAACACCUCACCCUCAACGUGCUCUACAAGCCCAACAUCUCUGUGACUCCAGAAGGAUCGUCAGAGAUCAAAGAGGGUGACAACUUAUCUCUCCGCUGCCAAGCAGAAGGUAACCCCACCCCCUCGUACCAGUGGGUGGUCCCCCAAGCAGGCCCCACCUCCAACACCAGAGCAGAGGGAUCUGUAGUGAACGUCACCCACAUAGCUAGGUCUCAGGCUGGAAAUUACACCUGCAUCGCCACCAAUGAGGUGGGGAACAGCACCUGGACUGUUGACGUGAAGGUGACAGAGCUUCCAACCAAAGUGUCCAUGUCAGGUCUUCCAGGUCAGAUGGUUGAGGGGAGGCAGUAUGAGUUUAAGUGUCACGUCCAGGAGGUUGCUCCUGUUAACAGCCUCUAUGUGUCCUUCUACAAAGCAUCUACCUAUUUAAUCAAAACUGAGAUAGGAUCACAUCCACCCCAAAUAAUGAAUACCACCAAAGAACCUACCAGUGGAGAAUAUACCCUGCAGUUCACCCCCAGUAGAGAUAACCAUGGGGCCCAGUUGUGGUGUUCAGCUUGGUUGGAACUGGGAGAAGAUGGACCCCAACCUUCUCCUAAAAAAGAGUCAGAACACCUCACCCUCAACGUGCUCUACAUGCCCAUCUCUGUGACUCCAGAAAGAUCGUUGGAGAUCAAAGAGGGUGACAACUUAUCUCUCCGCUGCCAAGCAGAAGGUAACCCCACCCCCUCGUACCAGUGGUUGGUCCCCCAAGCAGGCCCCACCUCCAACACCAGAGCAGAGGGAUCUGUAGUGAACGUCACCCACAUAGCUAGGUCUCAGGCUGGAAAUUACACCUGCAUCGCCACCAAUGAGGUGGGGAACAGCACCUGGACUGUUGACGUGAAGGUGACAGCUUCCUGUCAGGCUACCAGGAGCAUCAUGGUGGCUGUGCUGCUCCUCCAGCUCAUUCAUUGGCUGUAAGACGACUUCCUCAAUCCACUGGCUGAAUAAAUACUGUUAUUUAUUCUCUGUUUUACCACUGUGGGUGUGGCCUGUCUGUUCCACUUUUUUCUGUCUACUGAUUGACAAUUUUACUUAUUUUAGUUUUGUUUUGAUAAUUUAUCAAUUUAAAUGCAUAUGCCACCCUACAAUUAAUGCACAACAGAUAUCGGAUCUAUGCAAAAUAUAUCCAAACUGAGCCCAAUCUGAAAAUUAUUUACAUGACUGAGAAAAACCGAUUAAAAAAACCAUUUGUUGUUGUGUUUUAUUUUUGUACACACCCACAGUUGAUUUUCACUGUCACAUUAUUAUUGGCCAACGCCCCCUUUGCCCUCCCUGUGCAUGUGCUCAAAACCACCUGGUACUGAAAGAUAACCAGGCAAGUGUCAUCAUUGCUCCAAUCUUUUAAAUACACAGCAGUGACGUCCGCUGUUUAAAUAGAUGUCUUUUCCCCAUAAUGUUUUAAAACAGUGGUUCC